AUGUCCCCUCCCCUCCGCACUGCCAUAAUUGGCCUCUCCUCAGGAGCAACAACCAACUGGGCCGCAGCCGCCCACCUCCCUUCCCUCCUCUCCCCAAGCGGUAAGGCUGUCUUCACCAUCAACGCUUUAUGUAACAGCAGCGCCACCGCAGCAUCCAAUGCCAUCGAAACUUACAAUCUUGAUUUCUCAACCGUAAAACCAUACGGCGAUCCUGCCUCCCUCGCAGCGGACCCUGCCAUUGACCUCGUCCUUUGCAACACCCGGGUCGAUAAGCACCACGAAACAGUCCUACCUAGCCUCCUGGCUGGAAAAGAUGUAUACAUCGAGUGGCCAAUCGCAUCGAACAAAAGUGAGAUAGAUGAGUUGAUUGCUGCCGCCACACAAGGUGGGGCCCGCGUGGCAGUAGGAUUACAAGGACGAUUUGCGCCGCCGGUAGUACGAGUCAAAGAGAUACUCGCAUCGGGAAGAAUUGGCAAGCUUCUUAGUAGUGAAGUAAGAAUUUUUGGAGGCACAAGAGAUCGAGAAAUCUUGCCGGUGGGAUUAAAGUAUUUUGCCGAGAGGAAUAUCGGCGGGAAUCCCAUUACGAUUGGAUUCGGACAUGUCAUCGACUAUGUCCAAUCCGUCGUGGGUGAUAUCAUCCCCGGAACGGACCAUGUGCACCUCCAGAUCCAGCGUCCAGACAUCCGCGUUCGAGAUCCCCAAACGAACGCAAUUAUUGACUCGAUUCGCUCCGACGUCCCUGACUUACUGAGUCUGCAUGGAUCCCUACCUGAAUCCUCUCAUGUACGUGCUAACGCUAGUCUGAUCGCGUAUUUCCAUCGUGGUCAGCCUUACCCUGGUGAUCCGUCAUUGUCGUGGACCUUGACCGGAGAAACGGGCACGAUUCGAUUGACCGCGCCUGCUGGUAUCUCGCUGCAAGCCGACGCAUACGCCGAGCCGGUGACUAUCGCAGUGCACCAGUUUGACACGGACAAGUUGGAUCAGGUCUCGUGGGAUUGGUCAGAAAGGCAGGUGCAAGUGCCUGUUCCAGCGCGAUCAGUACUGCAUUCCUUAAUUAGUUUUGGCAAUAAGGAUGAGUCGGGGUAUGUAUCUCUGGAGGACGCAGCGAGGAGAGCCGAGCAGAUUGAGGGUUGGUUAAAGGACUGGUGA